GUAUAUAAAGGAGGCCGUCUCCAACUCUAGGGCAACCGAUCGCUUGCGCUUCCUUCAUCGCGCCGAAACACAACGCAGGAGGAGAAGCAGCGGCGAUGGCGGUCGGGAAGAACAAGCGGAUCUCCAAGGGGAAGAAGGGAGGGAAGAAGAAGGCGGUCGAUCCCUUCGCGAAGAAGGACUGGUACGACAUCAAAGCUCCCUCGGUCUUCAACGUCAGGAACAUCGGGAAGACCCUUGUUUCGAGGACUCAGGGAACAAAGAUUGCAUCUGAAGGUUUGAAGCACAGAGUUUUUGAGGUUUCUCUAGCUGAUCUUCAGAAUGAUGAGGACCAGGCUCACAGGAAAAUCCGGCUCCGGGCAGAGGAUGUGCAGGGGAAGAAUGUUUUGACUAACUUCUGGGGCAUGAACUUAACAACUGACAAGGUCAGAUACAUAGUCCGGAGGUGGCUGACUCUGAUUGAGGCACAUGUGGAUGUCAAGACCACUGACAACUACACUCUCCGGAUGUUUUGUAUUGCCUUCACUAAGAGACGUCCAAAUCAGGUUAAACGCACUUGUUACGCCCAAUCUAGUCAGAUCAGACAGAUACGCCGCAAGAUGAGAGAGAUUAUGGUCAACCAGGCUACAACCUGUGACCUGAAGGAUUUGGUACUGAAAUUCAUACCAGAUGUUAUUGGUAAGGAGAUUGAGAAAGCGACUUCGAGCAUUUUCCCGCUCCAAAAUGUUUACAUCCGCAAAGUCAAAAUUCUCAAGUCUCCGAAAUUUGAUUUGGGGAAGCUCAUGGAGGUGCAUGGUGACUACAAGGAGGAUGUGGGUGUCAAAAUAGACAGACCUGCUGAAGAUGUCCCGAUGGAAGGCGAGGAAGCAGUUGUUGGGGCUUAGGCCUUUAGUUCUUUCUUUUGCCAAAUGCAAUUUCUGCAGUUCUGAAUUGUCUUUCCUGUUUUAUUGAGAUUAUUACGUACAUCUUUGACAGUGUUUAUUUAAUAAUUCUAUAAUCUCAGGUGAAUUUUCUUUUU